AAGGAAACACCUACUUUCAUUGCCCAAAUGAGAUUCCUUAAAAUGUUCGAAGUUGCUGAAUUUGAUUUAAUAUUGAUUCCCUGUCGUUGAGGAGAUGAAAUUUAAUUGGAAAAAUGACUCUUGUAUGUGUGGCGAUAAACAGGUGGGAGGAGUAUUAAAAUUCAAGAACUUUUCUAGUGAGAAUAUAAUCGCAUAGCAGAAAAGAGCUCUUCAUAUCAGAAUAGAGAAACGCUGAUAGAAUAUUGGCUGAAAAUUUUCGUUUAAUGAAACAGCCGUCAGAGUGUCAAUAAUGCCAGGAUUAUUACCAAAACUGAUUGUUUUAAUGUGUUGUGCAGUUUUAUAUGACUGUGAUUAUUGCACGAAAGACACGUGUAAGACUUUCCAGUUAAAUAAGAAAAAUCUUAAUAAAAGAUUAAUUGGACAUGGAAUACUCGAAACACAGGGGGGUGUCCACCACGACUGCGCGAGACAUUGCUUCUACUACAGACUUUGUAAAUCAUUUGACUUUCAUAGAAAGGAGCGUUCUUGCAAGCUGAAUAACGUGAGUGGAGAGUCCUCAGAAGCGACCUUUGAAGAAAAAGCCGGGGCCAUUUUCUCAGAUAUUACGGAGUGGCCAUGCAAUAUGGCAGGCAAGUGUGGUGAAAGGCCGUGCUCAGACAAACAAAAAUGCGUUCACUACAAAGACGCUUUUCAGUGCAUAGAUAUCACGUGUGGAGGACUUCCUAAUAUACCAAACGGAUGGGCAAAGCUUCACGCAUCUGACAAGUUUAACGACACCGCGUCUGUAUAUUGUCGAAAAGGCUUCUUCACAAAGCAGAAGUCUGUCAAAUGUCAGCUGAAUGAAAAAUGGGAGAAGGCUACUUGCGAACAGAAUGAGAUUCCUUCAGUACAAAUAUCAGAUUGUAAGGACAUCGCUGUCAGGAACCCCGCCGCAGUCAGUGGAACGUAUGAAAUUCAAUUGUGGAAAUCACGUGGCAUGCUGACAGUCUUCUGUGACAUGGAAGCUGACGGAGGCGCCUGGACUAUUAUUCAAAACCGGUUUGAUGGUUCAGUAGAAUUCUAUAGAAAUUUCUCUGAUUAUGAAAAUGGUUUCGGUGACAUAAAUGGGGAAUUUUGGCUGGGAUUGAAAUAUAUCCAGGAACUGGCUAGCCAAGGCGCAACCGAGAUUCGGCUUGAAAUGACGAGGAAUAACAGUGAGGAAGGUUAUGAAAAAUACAUGGAUUUCAAGCUUGAGGGCACAGAUUACACGCUAUAUGUCGAUACAAAAAGCGAAGUAAACAGUUUUUCAGAUGAUGAUGACACCUUCGCCUACAACAAUGGUUAUCGAUUCGCAACUUAUGACAGUAAGGACGAUGACUGUGCAGAAAAAUAUCACGGUGCAUGGUGGUAUGACAGUUGUACGAAAGUGAAUCUUAACGGGAAAUACUGUCUGCCUGGUACGGAAUGCGAGGAUGAUCGGACCGGUCUAUAUCAUAGAGAAUUUGCACGUUACGAAUCAUUGAAAAAAUCUCGUUUGUUAAUAAGACGUAAAUAAAAAGACGACAGAUGCAUAAAUUAAUACAAUACAUGAUAUGGAGUGCAUUCGUUUUGAAAAGUUAGCAACUAUUUUGUUUGUCAAGAUUUGAUAACAUUUGGAAAUACAUUUUACACAUUUUAUAAUAUUUUAAAAGUUGUCUAUGUCAUAGGUCGCGAAACGCGUUUUAUUUCUUUUGGCCUUGUAAUUGUUGUCACAUUGUAUUUGAAUCUAUUGAAUAAAAUAUGAAAUCUAAAUAUCUGAUGUACUACCUGUUACUCAUUCUUGAUCUUGACCAAAAGUCCCGUUAUUGCCCUAUUUACUUACUUCUACUUCUGCCUGUACUAACAGUUACUAACCUGUCACCCGUAACUAAAUCUCCGACGUUCGGGUAUAUUGUGCGAUGCUCCAUUGCACUUGAUAUCUUGACAUUGGAUUAUAUAGUUAUGUUUGUGUGUCAUAAUAUAUAUGAUAAUCAAUAUCUAGGACAUUUACUUAUUUGCAGGUUAGUUAUACGUUUGUUACAUUAUGUUAACCAUAAAGUAUCAUUUCAGAGUUUAAGUUAGUAAUAUGGCUCAAACAUAAGCUAUUUUUAUAUACAUUUGUACUUACCUGUUUACCUGGAAUCUGUACACAAAGCCUACAUUUGUUACGUCAUUACCAUAUAUACAUGUAUUUUAACCUUAUGUAUAAUAUUUUAUGUAGUCUUUGAUUGCACUUGAUAUCUUGACAUUGGAUUAUAUAGUUACGUUUGUGUAUCAUAAUAUAUAUGAUAAUAAAUAUCUAGGAUAUUUACUUAUUUGCCAUCCAGCUGGCUUACGGAAGGUCGGUGGUUCUACCCAUGUGCCCGCUCGUGAUGAAAUAAUGCACGGAGGGGCACCUGGGGUCUUCCUCCACCAUUAAAGCUGGAAAGUCGCCAUAUGACCUAUCAUGUGUCGGUGCGACGUUAAAUCCAAAAAAAAAAAAAAAAAAAAUUUACUUAUUUGCAGUUUGCAGUUAUCUAUACGGCCAGACAGCAUCACGAACCCAAACAAAUAAUUGCCGACUGGGCUACGUCGACAUUUACGCAAAUUUAACGGUUGCAAAAUUAAACGGUUCUUACAGGUUAGAAUAAUUUAGAAUGUUUCAGAAUAGCUUAGUUUUGUAUAUCAUUUUUAUUAGGUUCAACGUCGCACCGACACAUUUAUAUUUCAUAUGGCGACUUUCAAGAUUUGAUGGUGGGGGAAGACCCCAUGUUCCCAUCCAUCAUUAUUUCAUCACGAGCGGGCACCUUGGUAGAACCACCGAUCUUCCAUAAGACAGCUAGAUGGCUUCCUCACAUGAGGAAUUCAACGUCGUCUCGUGUAAGGCUCAACCCACAUCGGUGGGGGGCAAGUGAUUGGAAGUUAGCAUCCUUAACCACUCGGUCACGGAAGCCCUAAAGCUGAAAUCAUCGGAUAUAGUUAACAUUGUCACAGGAUUAUUAUUACAAGUAUGUUGUACUGAAUGAAAUUUAACUGUGAGGAUUGUUUGAGUAUUUUUUUCGUGAAGCAUCUUGAGAGUGCUCAUGGAUAUUUAAAGAUAAAAUUAGUUCUCAUAUAAAGUGUUUUGUGGAUUUACCUUUGUGACACUUCAGUAAAGCUACAAAGCCAGGAUUAAUGAAGAUUCUAUUCAAUGUUAAUAUUGUACAAAUAUUAGAACAGUUACUUUGUUUUAGUUAUUAUGCUUCACUGUUCCUUGCUGAAAAUUUCUUUGAAUAAAUGUGUUUAAAGUG